AUGUCAAUUCUCCGAAGUGAAGGAGCGUUAAGGGUUAGUCGAUAUACAUUGAGAAAUGCACCUCUUACGAUUGUUACCCCAAUCAACCAACCACUGGUGGUUGUGAGACGGGAUUUGGAUUCAUCCCAGCCGUCAAGCUUAAUAACCCACACACAGACAACACGGCUAGUUUCAAAUCCACGAUAUAUGAAAUUCAGCAGAUACCCCACUUUAAGAAAUGAACAUCCAGAGAUUGACAAAAAGGAACUUCAGCGUAAGAUUAAUGUGAAUAAAGUGAUUGAUCAAUUAAGAGAAUAUGUACCUGAUAUAUUAGAAACAUCAUUACCCAAAUCAAUUAUUUCUAAAGAUAUAUACUUGAGAAUAUGUCCUUCCCAAUUUGAUGAAAACUAUUUGCCCAAAUUAAAUGGACUUGUUACAUAUUAUACUACUUGCAAAGCCAUCCAAUUAUUUUUAACCUCAGUAAUGUUGAGUCCUAAAGUAAAAUUACAUAUACAAUCAAUCCGAGUUUCACGUGGACCCGAUCCACAAUGUAUGUUUAAUGACACGACAAAGAUAUUUUUGCGAUGGUCUACAUGUCCCGAUGGAUGUUCUCAUUUGGAUGCACAAGGUACAUCACAAGCUCACUUGGGUACUCAUAAAUGGUCAGAAGAAGAUACCAAGAAAAUAUUUGAUAAUCACAAGAGCUUAUCUACAUUAGUAUCAAAACUACCUGGAACAAUAAUGGGGUUAACAAAGGAGCCGAAGAAACUAGAAAGGGUAAUUUCAGGGUUAUUUAUAUUUGAAUUGAGUGAAGAUAAUUCGAAAAUAUUGGUUCAUACCAUUGAAAAUAUGGAAAUUAUUGAACGAUUUGAACCCGAAACACAACCAAAUGUCAAUGCUUUAAGAGUUUGUUAA